CUAUCGUGGAUUCUCUUCUAUCAAAAUGAUGAACUUACAGCAGCAGUUGCAGAACCUGGCCGGUGGUGGAGGGGCCGGGAUGGGACGUGAGGAUCAGACUCUUCCUGAUACCAGUGAACAGGUAUUCGUAUCGAGUCUGGCACUCUUGAAGAUGCUCAAGCAUGGUCGUGCUGGUGUCCCUAUGGAGGUCAUGGGAUUGCUAUUGGGGGAGUUCAUAGACGACUACACUGUAAAGGUGGUUGAUGUAUUCUCUAUGCCCCAGUCGGGAAACACUGUAUCAGUCGAGUCCAUCGAUGAGGUCUUCCAAGCUACCAUGCUUGAGAUGCUCAAUCAGACAGGGAGGUCUGAGAAUGUGGUGGGAUGGUAUCACUCCCAUCCAGGCUUCGGUUGUUGGUUCUCUGGUACUGAUAUCAACACCCAGCAAGCCUUCGAGCAGCUCAACCCUCGUGCAGUGGGUAUUGUCGUAGACCCAAUCCAGUCUGUUAAAGGGAAGGUCGUCAUUGACUGUUUCCGCCUUAUCAACCCGCAAAUGUUGAUGCUGGGUCAAGAGCCCCGACAGACCACCUCCAACAUAGGCCACCUCAACAGGCCAUCGUUGUCAGCUCUGAUCCACGGUCUCAAUAGGCACUAUUACAGUAUUGCAAUCAGCUACAAGAAGAACCCUCUCGAGCAGAGGAUGUUACUCAACCUCCAUAAGGAGAAGUGGCAGGAAGGCCUAAGACUGAGGAGCUACUCUGAUCAUGAUAAGCGCAACUCUGAGCUGAUGAGCAACAUAUUGAAGAUGACCAAAGGAUACAACGAUCUGAUCCAGGAUGAAACCAAGCUUACAGAGGAGGAAAUUAUAGUGAAGAAUGCUGGCAAGGUUGACCCUAAGAAGGGAUUGGAGCGCAACGUCGAGGAGUCGUUGGAGAAUAACAUCUUGCAGAUCAUGGGGAGUAUGCUGGACUCAGCGACCUUCUGA